CAGCAAAAGGUGAGGGUGGAGGCAGCAAAAGGUGAGGUGGAGGCAGCAAAAGGUGAGGUGGAGGCAGCAAAAGGUGAGGUGGAGGCAGCAGGAGGAACAUACAAAACCAGGACGUCAGAUUAUUUUCCUCUUGUGCUGUGAGAGACAGAGAGAGAGAGAGAUCUUUAAUCUGCUGGAGCUCACAUUGCAGCUAUGGGUCGCAACAGAAGAAUCGUUUGUUUCUUACUCCUCAUACACGGAACUCUUCUGCUUCAGCCAUCCCAGGCCUUUAAUGUCGAUGUGAAGGGAGCCCAGGUUUAUACUGGCCCAGCAGAUGGUCAGUUUGGUUACUCUAUUCAGCAGUUCUCAAACUCCAAAGGCCAGUGGUUGCUGGUUGGAUCACCAUGGAGUGGGGCUCCCCAGAACCGAAUAGGAGAUGUUUACAAAUGUCCUGUCACAGGAACCCAACAAACCUGUGACAAACUCAACCUGGGAGAUGUAAUGACUGUUCCAAAUGUGACAGAGGUCAAGCAGAACAUGAAUGUUGGUCUCACACUUCUCAGGAAUGAAAAGUCGGGUGGAUUUCUGACUUGUGGUCCUUUGUGGGCACAGAAGUGCGGGAGUCACUAUUACCCAGUUGGAAUGUGCUCUGAAAUCGAUUCAAGUUUCAAGCUGUCAAGAACCUUUUUGCCCGCUCUUCAAUCUUGUGGAUCCUUCAUUGACAUUGUGAUAGUGUUAGAUGGCUCCAACAGCAUCUGGCCUUGGGAUCCCGUCCAAAAUUUCCUUACAGAACUAGUGUCAAGCUUGGACAUUGGUCCUGGCAAAGCUCAGGUGGGAGUUGUGCAGUACGCUGAAACUGCAAGAUUUGAAUUCAAGCUAAGUGAUCACAAAACAAAAGCCGAAGCUGUAAAAGCUUCAGCUCGAGUGUCACAGAUGCUGGGAUCGGAAACAAAUACUGCCCAUGGGAUUCGCUUUGCAAGAAACCAGGCAUUCUCACUUGAUAAUGGUAGAAGAAAAGGAGCGACGAAGGUUUUGGUUGUUGUAACUGAUGGUGAAUCUCAUGAUAGUGGCAUUUUACCAAGUGAAAUUGCUGCAUGUGAGACGGAGCGAAUUAUCCGAUUUGGGAUUGCUGUGCUCGGGUAUUACAAUAGGGUGGGAAUAGACACAAGUAAUUUAAUCAAGGAGAUCAAGUCCAUAGCGAGUGAACCAAAAGAAAAGCACUUUUUCAACGUAUCUUCAGAAGGAGCUUUGCUAGAAAUAGCCAGUGCUCUCGGGGAACGGAUCUUCAGUAUUGAAGGAACCAGUAAUAAGAACGAAGAUACAUUUCUAUUGGAAAUGGCAGAAGUUGGAUUCAGUGCACACUAUACACCUAAACAGAGCCUCCUGAUACUGGGAGCAGUAGGAGCCUAUGACUGGAGUGGCACAAUUGUACAUCAGUCAUCUGACGAAACUACCAUCUUUACCAAAAAAAUAUUUGCAAGUGUUCUGCAAGACAGAAAUGACAGCUCAUACCUAGGUUACGCUUUGACAUCGCUGGUUUCAGCUGACUCUGUGUUUUAUGUUGCUGGAGCACCACGUUUCCAACACACGGGACAGAUAAUCGUUUACACAGUUGGCUCAAAUGGCGAGGUCACGAUUAAACAGAAACAGAAAGGAGAGCAGCUGGGGUCUUAUUUUGGCAGUGUCUUGUGCUCUGUGGAUGUUAACCGUGAUUCGUUGACAGACAUACUGUUGGUUGGUUCACCAACAUUCAUGGGUGAACAAAAAAAUGAAGAAGGAAGAGUUUAUAUGUUCUCCGUCAAUGAGGGAAUUCUGACUAAGCAAGGUGACCUGGAAGGCCCUACUAGAUCUGGGAACACUCGGUUUGGAGCCUCCAUUGCUGUCAUUUCUGACAUUAACCUGGAUGGUUACAAUGACAUAGCAGUAGGAGCACCGUUAGAAAAUGACAAUCGUGGAGCGGUUUAUAUAUACAGUGGACACAAAACCACAAUCCAGCCCAAAUCCACACAGAAAAUAUUAGCUUCAGAAGUUGACACAAACUUGAAAUAUUUUGGACUGUCCAUUGAUGGCCAAAUGGAUAUGGAUAGUGAUGGUAUUACAGAUCUCUCAGUUGGAUCUAUUGGAAGAGUUGUGCAGCUCUGGUCACGAAGCAUUGUAAAUGUAAGCGUUACAAUGGCAUUCACACCAGAAAAACUGUCUAUUUUUGACAAAAACUGCAUGGUCAAUGGAAAAAGUCAAAUUUGUGCUCGAUUCAAUGUGUGCUUCAAAGCUACAUUUAAACCAGAUACACGCGUCUCUUCAGUCAACAUUCGAUACAAAGCCACACUGGAUGGAGAUCUCCUGUCACUUCACGUGAUUUCACGAGGAUUAUUUGAAGAGAAUCAUGACCGAUUAAUACAAAAGGAUAUUACUCUUGACAGUGUUUCAAAGUGCGAUGAACACAAAUUUUAUGUGCAGGACACAAGAGAUAUUGUUAACCCAAUCGGUCUUCGUUUGGACCUCGCACUACAAAAUGUUGACAUUGGUCCUGUUCUUGAUGCCAACACACCAAGGUCCAGAGAAAGUUUUAUUCCAUUUUCAAAAGAAUGUGGCGAGGAUGAAGAAUGUAUAACAGACCUUGUGAUUAAAGCUCACCCAGCUAUUGCAUUGAGCAGUGACUCAUCUUACAUUGUUCAUAGCAAGAACAAGCAACUAACUAUUGAUGUAAAAGUAUCUAACAAGAAGGAGAAUGCAUACAACACCAAAGUAUUUGUUCAGUUUUCCAGCAACUUGUAUUUUGCAUCUUCUGUCUUGUUUGGUGCGACUGAAGUACUUUGUCGAAGUAUGGAAAAAACGUCAGUAACCUGUGAUGUAGGGCACCCAGUACUGAGGCAAGGAGCUGAGGUCUCUUUUCAGAUCAAUUUGGAUUUUAACCUCAAAGAACCAAAGAAAGAGGUUGUAUUGGACUUCAGUGUCGAAAGCGAAAGUGCAGAACAGCAAGCGACUAUGAAUGACAACAGAGCACAAGUUACUGCUAAUGUGCAGUAUGACAGUGAAAUUCUCUUCUUAAGGGACACCAACUUAAAUUUCUAUGAAAUUGACUCUGGCAAACAAGCUGUCACAACAAUAACUACCUUUGAUGACAUUGGUCCAGAAUACAUGAUUACACUCAAAGUUAACACUGGACAUUUCCCAAUCAAUGUUGCAACUGUUACUGUUGAAAUACCAGUGACAACCAAGGGCAACAAUCAUCUUCUGUAUCUUACGGAUGUAAAAACAAAUCAGGGAAGCAACUUAUUUUGCGAAGUGAAACUUGAUAGCCUGAAAAUAAAACAGCAACCUUACACUGCAACCUUUUCAGAAGAGAACCUUCGAAAUGUGAAAGAUCUGAACUGUGAAACAGCACAAUGUGAAAAGUUUAUGUGCUCUUUUAAUAACCUUGAACAGAAUAAGCAAUAUUCAAUUAAUAUCACAUCAAGGAUCUGGAGUGGCACAUUUCUAACUGCUUCCUUACAAUCGCUAACGCUCACUGCAAAUGCAGAAAUUCAAACAAACCAACCAUCCUUAUUGAUCAUCAGAAACAGCACUCUGACGAUUCCGAUUACAAUAACCAAUCCAGUUGGAAAAAAAGACAUUCCUACAGGAGUGAUUGUGGGAAGUACGAUCGGAGGAUUGCUUUUACUUGCAGUAUUGAUUGCUGUCUUGUGGAAACUUGGCUUCUUCAAAAGGAAAUACAACAAACUGAUAAAGGAUGAAGAGGAAAACGACAGCCUUACCAAUUCCCCCGAAGAAUCUUGAGCGUUGCCUGUCUUCACUGUGAAUGGGUGGCUCUUUGUUCUGUGGGACUACUUUAUGGAACGAAUUAUUGAACCUGCCUGGAAACAAAUGCUGGUACACUUACACAGUACCAAACACCAAACAGUGCUGUUAUAUCAGUGGGGUUGGGGAUGUAUUCAUUGUUUACAUUCCAGAAUGGUUAGUUUUGAUAAUGUGCAGGAGGCAUAAACUUGACAAAUGUAAUUUAAAUGUUCUAGAUUUCACAGGUACUUGAAUUGAGCAACACAUGAAAGGUUAAAAAAAAGUUGAAAUAUUUCAUUGAUUUUGAGAGCAAUAUUUUUCAUGGGUGAAAUGAUAUCAAUAGCUAUCUCACUUUUACUGCACACUGCAUUAACUAUCAGAGACAAAAAUUGAAACUUACAUUUUUGAAUGUUUCAAGUGCAAUUUAACACUGAGAAUAAUAAUCCUUGCAUUUCACGUCUUCAAGGCGUCUCAAAGCGGUUCACAGAAUAUACUGUAAAGUGAAUUGACUGGAUAUUUUGUUGACAAAAUAAUGUACUCUUUAGGCUGUGUGAAGUGUACAUAUUCUGCGUGCAAUAUGGCCAAGUAUUUUUGUUCAAGCAAAAACAUUAGCUCUGACCAAUGAUGGAAUAGCAGUCACAUGGAUACAAUGAACAGGCAAUAAUUUCACGCUAUAAAAGAUGCAACAUGUGGAAUUCUGCACCAUAAUGCAAGCUGCAUUGUGACCCUAGUCUUGGAUACCUGUAUUAAUUUAAUACUUAUUUCUGUAUAUUUUGUAAAUCAUAUAUCUUAUGGCUACAGUGGAAUCCUAUUAUUUCCUGACCUACUGAAAACAGAGUUCCAGUGUAAUCUGUCAAAUAACACAUUUGACUGCAGAUUAGAAUUUUUAACAUUAUUAUAGUUCCCUCAAAAACUGAUUCAGGUACAUCUUAUAAGGACUCUUGGCCCAAAUAGUAUCCAAGUAGCACCCUAUUCACACAGCCGAGAUGAAAAACUACAGCCACAGCAAGAAAUAAUUAAAACAACUUGCAUUUACAUAGCACCUUUCAAAUAGGGUAAUGUAGCAGAGCGCUUUACAGGGAUGGGAUUGGACACUGAGCAAGGGAGGGGGAGGUGGAAGUGGCCAUGGACACAUUCAGAAAUAGGACUUGAGGUGGAAUUUAAAGACACGGAGAGGCAAGUUUAGUGGUAGAGAGAGCGAGUUCCAGAGGUCAGUGGCAUAGAAACAGAGGGCUUGGCCGAUGGUGUCACAGAGUGAGUCAGAGACUUAGCUGAUUAGAGUGAAUGAGCAGAGAGGGGUGGGAGGAGAUUGGAGAUAAGGAGGUGCCAGUCAGUGAGCAGAUCUGUAGGUGAGGACGAUGACCUUGAAAUUGAUCCGCUGGGAAACUGGGUCAGUGGAGACGACACCAGUGUGUGUGUAAAGUUAUAGGGCUGGUGGUAUAACUGAUAUAAAAGUUUUUCUUUGUGCUAGAUUAAGAAAGGGUUGGGGUUUUGUACAGUUUGUCUAUGGGAAUAAUAUAGAUUUUAAAAAAUAGUUGUUUAGAAUUAAGAGUGCUCUUCAAUAAAAUAACUGGGGUUUUCAAGUCUGGUACUAACAUUUUUUUAUUAUUAUAAUGUGACACUUAGAUUGAAUUUUAUGUGCAGCAACAUUUCUGCCUUUUUUUCUGCAUUUGUCCUGAACGUACAGUGUGCUUAAAAAGUCACUGCCAAAUCCAUUGUGAACCCAAGUGUGUUGGAUGUUCAGGUUGUCUAGAUGAAUGCACUAUAAGGCAAGCUAUAGCGUACUGCUGAGGACUUUGCUAUUUGCACUGAUACAACUGUUUUGUUUAAUAAAAAAUUAUCUUGAGGAGUGUUUGUUGUCUGCAUCAAUGCUUUUAUUUAUUAGGUGGCUUUCUUGCCAAAACUUGUCUACUACUGUAUCUACAGUUCAAGGGAAUUUUGUCAUACAUUACCUCUUUCUUUUUUGUACUUAAUAUUGCAAUUGUGUGAUGAGGAUUUUUAUUAAAAUAAAAGUUAUGGACAAAGA